AUGGGUGCAAUUCUCUCCCAACCAACAACUCAUUCCCAUGCUCCACAACCUGAUCGUGUUCCAGCUAUUCAAUUAAAAAAUGAUAUUAAAGCUCGUGCUGUGAUAACAGAUGAACCAACCAGUUCAAUUAUUCAUUCCGCCUUACCUACAUAUCCAUUAAGUGCCGCUGGUGAACUUCCAAGAAAUGAAGCACUUACUCUACUGAUUAGACGACAACGUACUGUUGAAACAGUCGAUGUUAAUGGUCGUUUACCAGAAAGAUUAAGAAAGACAUAUCGUGAUGAAGAUUUCAUCUUGCACGAAGACAAAAAUUUAAUUAUAUUCACAACAAAAACUAAUGUCCGUCCAAAAAGUCCGUGCGUGUGA